GUCCUGUGUGGGUACUUAAGGUGGUUGCUGAAGUCAUCGGGCAUCGUCUGGCUUGGCCAUGGACACUUCAAGGUCGAUGUUGUUUCUACUGCUGCUGCUCAAAGAGUGUGCCGCGCAACUAAAUGUAUGCGGGAUGCCUCCGCUCAACCCGCGCAUCGUGGGGGGUGAGGCGGCCCCCCCGGGUGCGUGGCCCUGGCAAGUGAGCCUGGAUAUAUCCGGGCUCCACAUCUGUGGGGGGUCGCUAAUCAACAGCGAGUGGGUGCUGUCAGCCGCACACUGCAUUAGCAGUACUAGCCCUAUGAUGACGGCGGUUGUGGGUCGUCAGAGCCAAAUGGGUUCCAAUCCUAACGAGGUGAGCCGCAGCGUCGUGGAGCAAAUCCUUCAUCCCGACUACAACCCGGCGACCCUAGACAACGACGUGGUCCUGUUGAGGCUUUCCUCGCCUGUGGCCUUCAAUGACUUCAUCCGCCCUGUCUGCCUGGCGGCGGCCCAAAGCUCCUUCUUCGCCGGAACUGACAGCUGGGUCACCGGUUGGGGGAACAUCGGCUCGGGAGUUCCUCUGCCGGCCCCCCAAGACCUGAUGGAAGUGGAGGUUCCCAUAGUAGGAAACCGCCAGUGCCAAUGUGACUACGGCAUAGGAAGUAUCACCGACAACAUGAUUUGCGCUGGUCUGAGAGAGGGAGGAAAGGACUCCUGUCAGGGUGAUUCCGGUGGUCCCAUGAUGAGCAAACAAGGGUCCGUGUGGGUCCAGAGCGGGGUGGUGAGCUUUGGUAAUGGUUGCGCCCGGCCGGACUUUCCGGGUGUCUACGCGCGGGUGUCCCAGUACCAGGAUUGGAUCAGCAUCCUCACAGGCAACGACAACCUGCCAGGCUUUGUCACCUUCACGUCUCCGGGCACGGACCCAGACGUGGAGGUUAGCUGCAGUGGGCUGCCACCCCCCACCACUGCCCCACCCAUCACCACAACCCUAAUCCCCAACAUCACGCCCACCAGUCCGCUCCUUGAUAUGUGCGGGCAGGCCCCUUUCAACACCCGCAUCGUGGGGGGUGAGGAGGCCCCUCCAGGUGCGUGGCCCUGGCAGGUGAGCCUGCACAGGAGGAGGAGACACAUCUGCGGGGGGUCGCUCAUCAACAGCGAGUGGGUGCUGUCGGCGGCACACUGCUUUCGUAAGAGAGUUAGAGGUGAGAAGGCGUAUUUGGGUCGUCAAAGCCAGCAGGGUCCCAAUCCUAACGAGGUACGCCGGAGAAUCAUCGAGAUCAUCCGCCACCCUGACUACAACUCGUGCACCAGUGACAACGACUUGGCCCUGUUGAGGCUUUCCUCGCCCGUGGCUUUCAACGACUUCAUCCGGCCCGUCUGCCUGGCGGCUGACCAAAGCUCCUUCUCCGCCGGAACCGAGAGCUGGGUCACCGGCUGGGGAGACAUCAGCACGGGAGUUCCUCUACCAUCGCCCCAGAAUCUGAUGGAGGUGAAGGUUCCCGUGGUGGGGAACUGUCUGUGCAGCCUCGCCUACAACUCGGUGGGAAUUAUCACAGACAACAUGAUUUGUGCCGGCCUGGCAGAGGGAGGAAAGGACUCCUGUCAGGGUGAUUCUGGUGGUCCCAUGAUGAGCAAAAAAGGGUCCGUGUGGGUCCAGAGCGGGGUGGUGAGCUUCGGAGUAGAUUGCGCCUUGCCGGAGUUUCCAGGCGUCUACACGCGGGUUUCCCGGUACCAGGAUUGGAUCAGCAGCCAUACGGGCGAUGACAACCUGCCAGGCUUCGUCACCUUUACGUCCGGACCUUGAGGUUCCACUGCCAUAAAGGACCAUGGUUAGCAUGAAAUCCCAGCUGAAGAGCUCGAUUUUUUUUUUCUUAAUUAAAGAGUAAGAGCAAUUGCACAACUUCUUUAUUGAAUACAUUUGUGGAUAACACCACUUAAA